CCACCACUCGCUUUGCCAAGCGGCUCCCUCUCACGAGGAUGAGUGCCGCAGUCUCCGGGUCAGUCGAAGCAACGGCGUCGAUGCCCAGAAGCUCGUCCUCACCCUCCGCUCCCACUAGACAUCAACGCGCCAUGUCAUCGCAGAGUUACACCUCCCUGGUCGAUUUCGGCCGCAAACAUGUCACUAAUGGCCUUGGACGUCAGAUUGAGGGUGUCAUGACCAAGGGCUCGGGCUCGUAUGUGACGUUUGGAGACGGUAGGACGAUGCUCGAUUUCACGACGGGUAUUGGAGUGACUGGCCUUGGCCAUUGUCAUCCUAAGGUCAGCGCCGCUGCAGCGAAGCAGUGCAUGGAGCUCGUUCAUGGCCAGUGCAGUCUCGCAUUCACCGGCCCAUACCUACAGCUCAUCGAGAGGCUCCUGCCGAUCAUGCCUGAUCCCUCCUUGGACUCAUUCUUCUUUUGGAACUCGGGAUCGGAGGCAGUAGAGGCAGCAAUUAAGAUGGCCAGGACGAUCACUGGGAAACAGAACAUUAUAGCCCUGCAAGGUGGCUACCAUGGUCGUACGUUCGGCGCCAUGGCCGUUACUAGGAGCAAGACAAUCUAUAGUGAAGGCUUCCACCCACUCAUGCCUGGCGUAUUCACCAUGCCCUACCCCUACUGGCACCAACUCGGAGUGCCGGCAUCGACCGACCCAUCACAAAUCUCCGCCAUGUGCCUCAACCAAUUAAACCUACUUCUCUCUCAACAGACUACUCCGAAGGAUACCGCCGCAAUCCUCAUUGAGCCGCUCCUCGGCGAGGGCGGCUACGUGCCCACACCAGUCGAGUUUCUGAAGGGCGUUCGCGAGAUCUGCGACAAGCACAACAUCCUGCUCAUCAUAGACGAGGUGCAGAGUGGCUUCGGGCGCACAGGCAAGAUGUUCAAUAUUGAGUAUUCGCGCGUGCGCCCGGAUAUCAUGACGAUAGCCAAAGGUCUCGCGAACGGCUUCCCGUUGUCGGGCGUCGUGAGCAAGAAGGAGUUCACCGAUAAGCUGAAGCCCGGUUCCUUGGGCGGAACCUACGCCGGCAACGCGGUCGCCUGUGCGGCUGCAGUUGCAGUUGCGGACGCGUUCAAGGAGGAGAAGGUCCUCGAAAAUGUCCAGGCCCGUUCCCAGGAACUCUUCCAAGCUCUCAACACGCUUAGAGCUAAAGAGCACCUGAAGCGCACUAUCCUAGACGUACGUGGGCAGGGUCUCAUGGUUUCCGUCGAGUUCGCCUCUCCCACCGGUUCUGGUCCGUACGACGCUUUUGUUGACAAGACCGUCCCCGAGAAGCUUGCGACACGCGUCGCGAAGCGCUGCCACGAGAAGGGCCUGCUCAUCCUUACGACGAGCGUUUAUGAGGUCGUCCGGUUCAUCCCGCCUCUGAACAUCGCCAAGGACGACAUGCAGAAGGGUAUCCGGAUCUUUGUCGAGGCGGUCGAGGAGGUCGUCCGCGAGGGCUGAGGUAAGACAUCAACUUGCGACCUAAAACGCUUUAUGGCACAGGACCCUUGGAUGUAUGCUGUACUAUUAGAAUUUGUAUGACUUUGCUCGG